AUGGCGGAUGCAGCGGCUGACUCACAUGCGGCGCAUGUUGCUGCUCAUGGCCCUGAUCCUAUCAAGUCUUCUGCGGAGGAGAACUCUUCAGCGAAGAAGGCAGAGUCAGACAUUGGACCUUCGAAGCCAGCAGAUGAUCCCUCCAGCAAGAUUUAUCCAUACAAUGCCUACCUACAUCCUUUUACGCUAUUGGCUAAGCCAGCGUUAUCGGGGGGCAAUGACCUGGCAUCUCUUCAGCAACGCUUACUCAUUCCUAGCCUUCUCCCUGCUGGUGUCAACUCACAGCUUCUGCUUGAAGAGCGCGAGCGAUUCAUCCAAGCGCGUAUACAGCAACGUAUACGUGAGCUAGAAUCGUUCCCUGCGAGCAUUGCACAGGUUCCUGCUACCCCCAGCCCUCAGCCAUCGGAUCUAACGAACUCUCGCAGUCGUGAUUCCAAUGCGAAGGUCAGAGCUCUUAUCGAACUUAAGUCACUACAUCUCCUUGACCGCCAGAAGCGAAUGCGCGAAAAAAUCCUGGCUAGCAUGAAUCUGGCUACAUCACUUGGGCUUGAUCGCUCAGCGUUCCGACGCGUUCGAAAACAAGCGCUUCGGGACGCCCGCGUUACUGAACAGCUCGAACGAAAGCAGCGUAUGGAGCGAGAGCGUAAGGUCAAGCAACGCCACACUGACUAUCUAACUCUGAUUUGCUCCCAUGGCAAAGAUAUGUUAACUGCUCAGGCAAAGGCUGCUGAUCAGGCCCGGAAAAUCGGCCGCUUGGUUCUUAAGCUGCACAAUGAUACUGAACGUGAGGAACAGAGGCGCAUUGAGCGAGUCGCCAAAGAGCGUCUCAACGCUCUAAAGGCUGACGACGAAGAGGCUUACUUGAAGCUGAUUGAUACUGCCAAAGAUACACGGAUCACACAUCUAUUACAACAGACUGAUGCUUAUUUAGACAGUCUUGCCCAGGCUGAUGACGAUGCGCACAAGGACUGGAGCACUGCUGAUACCAUUGAAGGCGGUGUUGUGGAUGAGACCACAUUUGGCGCAUCUCGCCAAGAUGAUCCUAGUGAUGACUCAAGCCGUGUGGACUACUACUCCGUGGCACACCGCAUCCAAGAGAAUAUUACGGAACAACCGUCAAUUCUGGUUGGUGGCAAAUUGAAGGAGUACCAAAUGAAAGGUCUGCAAUGGAUGGUAUCACUCUAUAAUAAUCGCUUGAAUGGUAUUCUCGCCGACGAAAUGGGUCUGGGUAAGACAAUUCAGACGAUUUCGCUGAUUACCUUCUUGAUCGAGAACAAGAAGCAGAAUGGUCCAUACCUCGUUAUUGUUCCCUUAUCCACACUGACCAACUGGGUGAAUGAGUUUAACAAAUGGGCACCUUCUGUUACUACCCUGGUCUACAAGGGAACACCUAACGUUCGGAAACAGCUCGCUGGUCAACUCAAGAUGGGUACUUUCCAGGUUCUACUCACAACGUAUGAAUAUAUCAUUAAGGAAAAGAAUCUCCUAGGAAAAAUUAAAUGGACUCAUAUGAUCAUUGAUGAAGGUCAUCGUAUGAAGAAUACCCAAAGCAAGCUUACUGUAACACUUACCCAAUCAUAUUCUAGUCGUUAUCGACUGCUUCUCACGGGUACUCCUCUACAAAACAACCUUCCCGAAUUAUGGGCGCUGCUCAACUUUGUGCUUCCAAAGAUCUUUAACUCAAUCAAAAGUUUCGAUGAAUGGUUCAACACUCCUUUCGUGAACACGGGCACGGGAGAUAAUAGCAUGCAGCUCAAUGAAGAAGAGGCAUUGCUUAUCAUCAAGCGUCUUCACAAGGUGUUGCGACCGUUCCUGCUCCGUCGUCUAAAGAAGGAUGUCGAGGCAGAGCUUCCCGAUAAGGUGGAGAAGGUUAUCAGGUGUCGCAUGAGUGCGCUACAGACCAAGCUCUAUCAGCAGAUGAAGCGUCAUAAGGUCAUUUUGGGCGAUGGAGGAAGCGGACCCGGUAAAAUGGCCAAACCCAUGGGAAUUCGUGGUUUACAAAAUGCUAUCAUGCAAUUGCGCAAAAUUUGUAACCACCCGUACGCCUUCGAACAGGUUGAAGCAACCAUUAACCCUACGAAGGAGAACGGCCCUGACUUGUACCGAGUAGCAGGCAAGUUUGAGUUACUUGAUCGAAUUCUUCCUAAGCUUUUUGCAACAGGCCACCGCGUCCUCAUCUUCUUUCAGAUGACGGCCAUUAUGGAUAUUAUGGAAGACUUUUUGCGUUUCAGAGGUAUCAAGUAUCUCCGCCUUGAUGGCUCAACAAAGCCCGAUGAUCGCUCCGUUUUAUUGAAACAGUUUAAUGACCCUCAAUCUGAAUACGACGUCUUUAUUCUCUCUACUCGUGCUGGCGGUCUUGGUCUAAAUUUACAAUCUGCUGAUACUGUAAUCAUCUAUGACUCUGACUGGAACCCUCACCAAGAUUUGCAGGCCCAAGAUCGUGCCCAUCGUAUCGGUCAAAAGGUGGAAGUACGCAUUUUGCGUCUGGUUACCGAGAAGUCUGUUGAAGAGACUAUCCUGGCUCGGGCCCAGUCUAAGUUAGAGAUCAAUGGUAAAGUCAUCCAAGCUGGCAAAUUCGACAACCAAGCUACAGCUGAUGAGCGCGAACUAUUACUUCGAGCUAUGCUUGAGGCGGAUAACGAAGAAGACGACGAGGAAGAGCGAGGUGAAUUGAACGAUGACGAACUCAAUGAAUUGCUUGCGCGCAGCGAAGAAGAGGUUGCCAAAUUCCAGGAAGUUGAUCGUGAGCGCCUGGCUGACGAGGAAACAGAAUGGCGUGCACUAGGAAACACAGGGCCUUUACCUGAUCGGUUAAUCCAGGAGAGUGAACUGCCGGAGAUAUACCAGCGUGACUUUGAUACCGAGGCAAUUGAUGGGACGGCCGAGGAACAGCCGCUUUCGCGCCGUCGUAAUGUUGUCCGUUACGACGACGGCCUUACUGAGGAACAGUUCCUUCGCGCGUUAGAAGAUGAAGAAGACCUCAAUGAAGUGGUUGAGCGCAAGCGUGAGCGUGCUGAAAGACGUCGACUAAAGCAGCAGACCAAGGAUGCCUCUAUCUCAGAUGACGCAUCGGCAGCUGACCGCAAGCGCAAAGUUACUGAGACUACUAGCUCUACUAUGACUGAGCCUGUGUCUGAGUCUAUCGCUGAUGGUACCAGUAAGCGUCGCAAGACGGACUCGGAAACGGACAAGCUCAAGACAGCCAUGAUGCGAUGCUAUUCUGCUGUUGAACAAUGUGAAGAUGAAGAAACAGGCCGACUGCGGAGUGCCUUAUUCACUGAUAUCCCCAAACGCUCCGAGUAUCCUGAUUAUCACAUUAUUAUCACUCAACCGAUCGCCUUAAGGCAAAUCAAACGUCGGAUUGAGUCGCAAUCGUAUGAAAGUUUGAAUGCCCUCCGAAGUGACUUCCAUCUGAUGUUUAACAAUGCCCGCACAUACAACCAAGAAGGUUCUUUUGUAUGGAAUGAUGCUGAAGAACUACAACGUGUAUUUGACGCCACUCUGGCAGAGGUGCAGCAAGAGUUGAAUACCAGCGAUAUGGAAGCUAGUACCGACAUUCCUUCAGUGAAAAAUGAGUCUAGGCACACCGAAGUAAUGCCUGAGGCUAUUUCAGAAGCUGACGAAUUGGCGGAGACACGCCCUAAGGUCGGGAUGAAAAUUAAACUGUCCAUGGGUCGGCGCAAGCGGACCUGA